UUCUUGGCGUUCACAUCGAGAGCGACAGCAGCAACAAGUAAACCCAGCCAAAGGAUCAGUUCAGAGGUUCACAUUAGAACUCAUAGUUGUUUGCACGUCACGGCAAAGUCAAACGCAAAUAGUUCGCGAAAUUAUCAGAUUGACAAAUUUCCUGGCGCCAGAUUUUUCUAAUUCACCGUCGCCAAUUUAAUUGCCGGCGAUUCCCAAUCCAAUCCAGUCGCAAAGUAUCGUCCGCUUCAAAAUGAUGAAAUUCGUGCAGAUAUUAUUGUGCUACGGCCUGCUCCUGACUCUUCUGUUCGCCCUUAGCGAGGCACGACCCUCGGCAGGCGAAACAGGACCGGACACCGAUGGAAUUGACGGACAGGACGUCGAUGAGGUGCGAGGCGCCUACGGAGGAGGUUAUGACAUGCCAGCCCAAGCAAUCUAUCCCAACAUUCCGAUGGACCGGCUGCAGAUGCUCUUCGCUCAGUACAGACCCACCAGUUACAGCGCCUAUUUAAGGAGUCCCACCUAUGGCAAUGUGAACGAACUUUAUCGGCUGCCCGAGAGCAAACGUCAAGUUAGAUACCGGCAAUGCUACUUCAAUCCCAUCUCCUGCUUUAGGAAGUAAGUAUCCAGUCGGUAAGAGGACUAGCCCACAACCCACAUCUCUUGGAUAAAUUAACAAUUCAAGCAUUUCAACAAACCAAAAAUAAGCCAAAAACAAAGUUUAGCAUAAUGGAUCACCAACAAUUUUACGCAAAUAUUUAGUGCAAUUAAACUAAAGCUAAGACUCAAAAAUAUGUAUCCAUUUAUAUAUACACAAAUAUCCAUAAAACUUAUCUAUUUAAAUGUCUAAAAAAUAAAUAAAAAAUGUUCCAUUGUAGUUACCAAAAAAAUUAAUGUACCAAUUUAUUUAAGUAUUGGCACAUAAGAUACAGAUUACCAUAUUUCGUUUCUUGAUUUACGCUUCGCAUAUGGUGUGGUAAAAUAAAAUAUAUUGCUUCCUAAAGCUAUUCAUGUAUUAAGUACAUAUUCGAAAUAAAUAUGUGCUUUUGUAAAUUUAAGUGUCCCAGCUCUUGUAUAAUACAAAAAGUUAUAAAAUGACAAACUGAAAAUUGUAACCUUGGAGUCAUUUAAUAAACAUACACAAAACUAUACAUGUAAAAUAAAUCUCUAAAAUAAAUAUAUACGUAUGAAAUAAAUGCGCCCAAAUGUUUAAA